UGCAGGUUGGCGGGCCUUUCAUUCAGAUAUUAUAGCACCAAGACGGCACCUCAUAUACCAGGCAUGGAGUACCAGCACCUGUCUCUUUAAGGACUCCCUUCAGAAAAGCCCAGUCUGCUCUGAUUCGUCAGUUGGGCAGCUGUAAACACUGCUGUAGCCACUGUGACAAUGGCGUAGAUUCUGCUAUACCAAUUCGACCCUGAGCUCAUCCUGAAAAUCAGGAAGAACAAGCCGAUAGACCCGAACCACCUUCACACCCAAGGCUGGAGCAGUACCUUUCACAUUGGUUCACUUAUGGAAACUGUGCCAGAAUGCCCAAGGAGUUGAAACUUUCUACUGCAAAGAAAAUCAAAGGGAUGCCAUUUGCACUCUGAACACCCUACAGACCAAUGCAAGUGCUCUGGAGCAGGUACGACGAGAGCGGAGCCACCCUCAGUUACAGCUCCAGGCCAUGAAAGGCUUCUUGGAGCGAGGCGGUCUCACAGUGGAGGAACUAGACCAUCUCAAUAUUAUUCAUGUGACAGGAACAAAGGGCAAGGGGUCAACAUGUGCAUUCACUGAGCAGAUUUUGAGAAGUUAUGGGUUCCGCACAGGAUUUUACAGUUCUCCACACUUGGUACAAGUCAGGGAGAGGAUUCGAAUAAAUGGACAGCCCAUUGGAAAAGAACUCUUCACUAAAUACUUCUGGCAGGUUUAUGGACGUCUUGAUGAAACUAAGGAUGCCAACGGAGGGACGAUGCCGGCAUAUUUCCGUUUCCUCACCAUCUUGGCCUUUCAUGUUUUUCUUCAGGAGAAGGUGGAUUUAGCUGUAAUUGAAGUUGGAAUUGGUGGAGCAUAUGACUGCACCAAUAUUAUAAGGAGGCCCUGGGUGUGUGGCAUCUCCUCUCUGGGUAUAGAUCACACUCAGAUUCUUGGAGACACCAUUGAAAAGAUCGCCUGGCAAAAAGGAGGCAUCUUAAAGCCAGGGGUUCCUGCCUUCACAGCCAAACAACCAGAAAAUGCAAUGGUUGUGCUCAAGGAUAGGGCAAAAGAGAUAGGAUGUCCUCUGUGGGUGUGUCCAGAGCUGGAGGAUUAUCAGGCAGACUGUGGACCUUUGCGUCUGGGUCUGGCAGGGUCGCACCAGCACUCCAAUGCCUCCCUGGCCCUCCAGCUGAGCCACACUUGGCUGCAGAAAAGAUGUCUAUCAGAUAUAAGCUUUCCUUCCACCAGUGUUGAGAACACAGGUGUACUUAAGGCGACUCCCUUCAAGCCCAGCCCCAUCAUGGUGAAAGGGCUGGCAGACACAGAGUGGCCUGGAAGGAAUCAGACUCUGAAACAUGGACCAGUCACCUACUUCUUAGAUGGAGCUCACACCAUGCGCAGUAUGCAGGCCUGUGUACACUGGUUCAAAGAGACUGCAGCCCAGCAUGAAAGGAAUGCAAGUGGACCUGUGGCCAGAGUUUUACUCUUCAAUGCUACAGGAGAGAGAGAUUCAGCAGCCAUGCUUAAACUACUGGUGGACUGUCAUUUUGACUUUGCUGUGUUCUGCCCAAACAUCACUGAAGCCAUCACUUCUUGUAAUGCAGACCAGCAGAACUUUAAUGUCUCUGUGGAGAACAUGUUGACUCGCUGCUUGGACAAUGAGAGGAGUUGGCGUCUCCAUCAUAGCAAGGGGGAUAACAAAGAUUUGCAGAUGUUCAUUGUGGACAGCCUACCCCUGGUCCCUGAAAAGAAGGCCGACACCCUGGUCUUUCCCUGCAUCUUCAGCGCCCUCCAGUGGAUAACCCAGGACAGGGAUUCAGUGCUGGCAGAUCAAGCCAAGAGAGUUGUAGCAGUUAAAUCCAGCAUCAUGGCCAAAGCUGCUCCACUCUGCGAUGCAGCCGAGAUCCACAUCCUAAUCACUGGGAGCCUCCACCUGGUGGGUGGAGCACUCAAACACCUUGACCCAGCUUUCUUCAAGUAAUUGGGAUCAUGUGAAAUUAUUGACUUCAUACUGUUUAAAUAAUAAACUGGUGCUCUGUUUAUAUAAAUUAACCUUCAUGGAAGAAAGGUUAUUUCUGUCUGUAUAGAUGAGAGUUUUGUAUUACUAGCUUUUUGUUUAGCUGGUUAUCUGGGUUUAGCUAGUCCAUUCAGGUAUUGUUGUUGUUUUGGUAGCUUACUUACAGUAGCUGAUACUAACAGUCAGUAGUUUGGCCCAAGCCAGUUCCAGGCCUCAAAACAGACCCAGCUUCACACAGAGCCUUUGAGAUGACCGCACGAACAUGUGGGGCUCGUGUCUGUUGUCUUACUUGAAGCCAAAUGUGUUUACAUGAGUUGCAGGAGGGUACAUUCAUGUACACCAAAAUGUGAGUUGACUAAGCUGGAACUGUGUGUGCGCUUCUGUGAUCACUGAUGAUACCUUGAUGAACUGGAGUGGUAUAAUUGUUAUUAGAUAUAUUACAUUUAUACAAAACACUGCAGAUUAAUAGCCACCAGAAAGUGCUACAUGGACAACAUGGAGUUAUGAGUUUUUCAGUUUUUACAUAGCUGACAAACACUUUACUAUCAUCUUCUUUUUUUUAAUGUAAACCAUUUUGCACAGUUUCUUUUUUUUGUCAGUAUUUGUCCUUAUGUGCUUCAUACACAUGGCCUACUCAUUUCUUUGUUGUAGAUGUGUAUAUUUUAACACGUGUUGACAUCAAGUGAAUUCAUGUAACUGACAAUCAAAUUUAGUGUAAUCUGUUUUACACUGGAAUUAUAUUUAGGUGAUCCUUAAUUUAAUUUGCAUCAUCUGAAUGUAAUACAUGCAGUUAUUGUAUUCAUGUAUAAUGGUGAAAGAUGUUGUAAAUGUAUAAAAUACACUUGGGUCAUCUGGGUCUUAAUGUUGUCGUGUUGCUCCAUCCAGUGAAGCAGAUCUAUUAGAGUCAUCAGCUUCAUAGGUGGUUCAGCCAGUACCUUCACCCUGUAACCACUAAUAAGUUUUAAAUUCAGUUUUGGUAUAAAAUAAACUACACUAACUUUUUUUUUUUUUUUUUUUCAUGUUGACCCAUCAAGACAAUUAAAUGGAACUUGUCAUUGUAAGUUGUGAAGAUGAAAUCUGCUCACAUCUUAAAUAUGAAGUCCAUUUAAAAAAAAUGUAGAUAUGGAAAUUGUGUUAACCUUUUUUUUUUAAAAAAAUAUUUCAUGCAUUCUCCUUUGUGAGUCUUUUCUUGUGGAUAAAUCCCUCUGCUCACCAGAGACAAGAAGGCCUUAUAUUCUAACAGCACAUAUUUUAUAAUGGUAGACAUAUUCAUUGAUUUUUGGG